UCCUAUAUUGCUGAAAGGGUUACGCCAUAGUGAGCAUUCUCUUUCUGUUUAUUUUGUGGUCCGGAUAUCAUUCCAACUCAAGGAGUACAAGCAGUCAAAGAUGAAGGUGGCUGCAUUUUCGCUCAUGCUCUUCGGAUUUGUAAAGGUCGUCACUGCGUCCGAAUGCGACAAUUCAUUCGACACCGUGAACACUUGUCUGGCUAACCUGGAGGAAUUACCGCUAUACGCUGACGAUUUUCUCGAAUCCUUAAACGACGAGGAGAAAAAUGAUCUUGUUUGCUGUGCUCUUGAGGACCUGGAUAACUGCAUUGUUAGCCACAUGGUAGGAAACUGUGCUAGCCUUGCAAGUAGAGUUCGCAACUACGGACGCGAGUUGGUCCUUAACGAACUCGCCGGUGGAUAUGGAAGGCUGCCCUGCCAGGAAGAUCCUUGCAGGCCCCUGAGAUCCCGCGUAGGCCUGUAAGAGCUGAUUGCCGCACAACCUGUACGGAUAAUGUCCCGAUUAAAUUGCUGUUGUUGCAUA